AUGCACUUGCAAAGGGCCAAACUAAUUGUAACUAACUACAAUGUUUCCACAGUGAUGCAAUUUGUGCUCAUAGGAUUUUCUGACCUGCCCAGCCUCCAAGGGUUUUUAUUUGCAGUGUUUUUUGUAGUUUAUAUAACUAUUCUGAUUGGAAAUUUCCUCAUAAUACUAAUAACCAGUAUGGUCCCUGCAUUGCAGAAACCCAUGUAUUUUUUUCUAGCAAAUUUUUCCUCUCUGGAAAUCUGUUAUGUAUCAGUAACUGUUCCAAGGAUUCUGUUCAACAUUGAGGAACAGGACAGAAGAAUUUCACUGAUGUCCUGUGCCACACAGCUGUGCUUUUUCCUUGUUUUUGGAACUACAGAAUGUUUGCUUCUGGCUGUGAUGUCCUAUGACCGCUAUGUGGCCAUUUGCAACCCUCUGCACUAUCCUUUGGUUAUGAACCCAACAAAGUGCACACAGCUGGCAGCCAUCUCCUGGCUUGGAGGCAUCCCAGUCCAGAUAGGACAAACCUGUCAGAUAUUCUCUAUGCAUUUUUGUAAUUCUAACAAAAUCAACCACUUCUUCUGUGACAUACCACCAAUUCUCAAGCUGGCUUGCGGGGACACUUCAGUGCACGAACUGUCUGUCUAUGUGGUUGUUAUGGUGGUGGCUGCACUUCCAUUUAUACUGGUGCUUACAUCCUACAGUAAAAUCAUUGCCACCAUCCUGAGUUUGCCAACAGCCAAAGGGCGAGCAAAAGCCUUCUCCACAUGUUCUUCCCACCUGCUGGUGGUACUGUUGUUUUAUGGAUCUGCUACAGUUACCUAUUUGAGACCAAAGUUCAUGCAUUCUCCUGGAACUGACAAACUGCUGUCUCUGUUCUACACCAUUGUUACCCCCAUGUUCAAUCCCUUAAUAUACAGCCUUAGGAACAAGGAAGUGAUUGCUGCACUGAGAAAGUUAAUACUCCAAAAAUAG